AUGGGACGGCUGGAAGGAAAAGACUACCCUCCCCUCCCUUCCCAGCCCUCCCAGCUCCCCAAAGCCCUACCCAAACCCUGCCCAUCCCUCCACAACCUUCCCCAGCUCACACCAGCCCUCCCUUUCCUCCCAAGCCCUGCCCAGCCCUACCCAGUCCUCCCUUCCCUUCCCAGCCCUGCCCAGCCCUGCCCCAGCCCUCCCCAGGCCUCCCAGCCCUGCCCCAGCCCUCCCCAGUCCUGCCCCAGCUCUCCUAAACCCCAGUACCCCAAUGCAACCCUCCCCUACUCUCCCAACACUCCAACAGCAGUUCCACCCCCUCCCAGUCUCCCUCCCCAGCCACAGUCUUGCAUCUCUUGCUUCUACCCCUCUCCCUCUCUUCUUUCUUCUGUUCUCUCCCCGCCAACACCCCCACCACAAUCCUCCCUCUCCCUGGUUGUUGGUCCUCUUUCCUCUCCCCUCUCCCUCCCUCAGUUCUUUUCUCUCCACUUCCGUGAUCGCUCCACCAUUCCUGGAGACGUGCAGGUCUCUGAACUUGGAGAGAAAGAGAGAAAUAUGGAGAAACGAAGAGGAAAGGAAGGGAAAGAGAAGAAAGAGAGGAAAGAGAAGUAG